UCAUGUUCAGCUUCGACGGAGAAUUUCGUCGCCGUCCGCAACAAAAUCUUGGCGGUGCUUCACUGAAAACUGACCGUCUGACAACGAUCCGGAAGGCACAGCAGGAACGUCAAAAGCGCGAGGAAGCACGUCGUCAUCAGUGCGGUGCGAUCGUGAUACAAUCCGCCGUCCGUAGCUUCAUACAGCGACAACACACAAAGCAGCGCGAACGGGACAAGUUUGACGAGUACCGGAAGGUGAACGGUACCAUACGAAACGGGCAAGAUUUGGAGUUUUACAGCAAGCGGAUCAUCUUCUUCUAUCAGCACCGUACCGCCCAGGAUGGGGAACGUUUGAUCUUUUUGUGUCAGUUUAUGAUAAAAAAUCCUGGCGAAGUGUUUAAGCUGCUCGAUCGGGACUCGAUCUGGACGUAUCGCAUCAAACUGCUGCUUGGACUGUGUUUGGGACAAAUCUUAGUUCCAGAAUGUUCACCGACAAUACCGAUGCGCAUGCUGGAGAUCUAUUCCUCAAACACAUACAUUGCAAAGCAUGUCCCACCGGCCGGUACGGAUCACGCCCAGUACAUCCAGCAGUAUCUCGUCUCCAUCUAUCGUCAUCUCAUCGAGCGACGCUAUUUCUGCGUUGUGCGGCAACUGAUCGAGGAGAAGCUGCCGGCCGUUGAUAUGGAUACAACCACGCUGGCUACCCCGAUCGCCGGUGCACUGUUCGAUAUGUUGCUACGCCCGUUGCAGCUGAUCGAUGCGGAAGCACGCGAUCUGCUAAGCCGACAGAUAGUGCAAUCGUUCACCUUCAAUGUGCUCUCUCCGCACCAUCUGUCUGAUCAGGUGAAACACUUUGUGCUGCCAGCGUUGGGCGAAAGGAAAGAUUUCCCCUACUGGACGUUGGUGCGCUGCAUUGCGGAUGAGUAUCAGGGACAGUUGGAUUACCGGAAUGCGAUCCUGGUCGAUCUGACGGACGACACGAUGGGCGGAGGAUCGACGGGAACGGUGCGUAUGGGUGGAACGGCGAAAAAGGCUCGCAAGGAUCAAUCACAGGACGAGAGGUUACUUUUAACUAGUUCGUUGUUGUAUGCGUUUUUAAAGCUCGAUGAACGGCACUUGGAUGAAACGUCGAAUUCUAAAGAGCACUUCAGUGCCUACCUCAAAGUGGUCGCCUCCAUGGUGGACAACAUUACCAAACUACCUCGGAAAGCGAUCCGUUCGUCCAUUAAUCGACCACUGGACGAUUCAAGUGAUUCCGAUUCGGAUGGCGAGGAUGGGCCGUCGCUGAGUCCGCGCGAAGCGACCCUCCUGCACGAGAUCAUAGGAAUGUUAAACGAAAGGCGCCGUGUGUCGUACAUUGUGCGAAUGAUCGAUGUUGUGCUGGAUGAUCCGAUGGCGGUGCAGAAUUUAUGUCAAGUGUGUCAUGAGCUUAUGACGUACAACCGGAUGGCGGUGUACGAGUAUAAGCUCCUGUACAUGCUUGCUUCGAAACCGCUCAUCAUACGGGGGCUUUGGUACUCGCUAACGGCGCAUACGAUGGGCCCCCUGUUUAGCUCCCCAAUAGUGCGGCUCUCGAAGGGAAUCAACAUCUCAAAGGAAGAUUCCGAUCGUAUCAUUCCGAUAUUGGCUUCAUUUUGUGCUCUGUUCGGUCGACUAAUAGCCUCCCUGCACGAUGGUGAAUUUGUACAGGAAAACGUCCUACCCGGCUCCGUUAGUAGCAUCAUGCCGUUUAGUAUACCGGAACUGAUCCCACUUAGCACAACGCUGAAGGAAAUAUCGCUCGGACUCGUUGAGCUCGCUUUCCCCGAGACACGCUCUAACCUGCACGAUUCGUACCGAACGAUGAUAUCCUCCCUCAGUGCGACAGAAGCCCGUGGACUCGGUACAAACAACAAACUACGGUCCGUCGAUCGCCAUCAAGCAUACGAACAAAAUCGUCAAAUAUGGCCCCAUCUGUUGAAGGUGUGCGUUUCACUGUUGCGCCAAAUACAUACACGCGACCUCCGGCGAUGCUUCUGCCCCGAGGGACACUGGACGGCUCAGAAUCUUAACCUUCCACUGGACAAACCCGCCGAUCUACAUCUUUCCCGUGGCUCACGGCGUGGUCCCCGGCCCUUUCAACCGAUACGGGACUUUACGCGGGAAGACAUUGAGGAUGGACCACCGCUUUCUACCAAGCAAAUCCGUUCGAUAACGAUCCUGAGGGAGAUACCGUUCGUGGUGCCGUUCAACACGCGGGUCGGUGUGUUUCAGGGGCUGGUGUCGGCGGACAAACUGCGGACGCAGGGUGAUUUGCAGGGAUUCUUGCAAGGACCAUCGAUUAAUAUUACGGUGCGGCGGUCACAUCUCUACGAGGAUGCGUUCGAUAAGCUAAGCCCAACAAAUGAACCCGACUUAAGGCCCAAGUUUCGCAUCGAAAUGGUCAACUCGGUUGGGUUGCGUGAGGCCGGCAUCGAUGGUGGUGGCGUGUUUCGCGAAUUUCUAUCCGAGCUAAUCAAAUUGGCGUUCGAUCCUCAUCGCGGAUUCUUUAUGAUCACAAAGGAUAACAUGCUCUACCCAAAUCCGUGCGUGGGCAAGAUUGUGGAGGACUUCCAGCGCCACUACUACUUCAUCGGGCGCAUUCUCGGGAAAGCAUUGUACGAAAAUCUUCUAGUAGAGCUUCCGUUGGCCGAGUUUUUCCUCUCGAAACUAGCCGGCAAACAUUCGGAUGUGGACGUUCACCAGCUAGCCUCACUGGAUCCCGUUUUGUACAGAAAUUUAAUGUCCCUCAAAGCUUACGAAGGGGACGUGGCUGAUUUAGGGUUAGAUUUUACUAUCGUCUGUGAUGCGCUAGGGGAAACAAAGGUAGAGGAACUAAAACCGAACGGUGCCAACAUCAUCGUCAACUCAUCCAACCGUAUCGAGUACAUUCAGCUAAUGGCCGACUUCAAGCUGAACCAACAAAUCCGGGCACAGUGUGCCGCCUUCCGCCAGGGGUUGGCCAACGUGCUGCCGAUCGAGUGGCUGUACAUGUUCAGCAACAAGGAGCUGCAGGUGCUAAUAUCGGGCGCUGAGAUACCGGUCGACGUGCACGACCUGCGGCAGCAUACCCGCUACGGUGGUGACUUCUCCAUCGAACAUCACACGAUCCAACUGUUCUGGAAGGUGGUGGAACAGUUCGACGAUAUUCAGAGGCGACUGUUGCUAAAGUUCGUAACGAGCUGUUCGCGACCGCCGCUGCUCGGGUUCAAGGAUCUCGAUCCACCGUUUUACAUACAGAACGCUGGUGAUACGGAUCGGCUACCCUCGGCAAGCACCUGCAUGAAUCUGUUAAAGCUGCCAGCAUUCGAGGAGGAAGAUAUCCUACGGGAAAAGCUGCUGUACGCAAUUCAGAGUGGUGCUGGGUUUGAGCUGAGUUAAAAUAUCAUCCGGAGCCCUAA